AUGGAUUCUGAUGCUGGCUCCACCUGCAGCCGCUCCUCAUCCCCAGACCUGGUGGUGGAUGACUCUCCUGUGAACUUCUUCCACAACAAAAUGUUCCAGACAUACUGCCAAGAAAACAGCGAGGCCGGCAAGGGCAGGACAGAGCACUGCGGUGUGGGCGGUAAGACUAAGAACAGGUCUGAUCCCAACAAGGAAGAGGUGCAAGACCUGAGACUGAAAGUCAACAGCCGGGAGAGGAAAAGGAUGCAUGACCUGAAUCAGGCUAUGGAUGGCCUGCGAGAGGUCAUGCCCUAUGCUCAUGGCCCUUCAGUACGCAAGCUGUCAAAGAUCUCGACCUUGCUUCUAGCCCGCAACUACAUUCUCAUGCUGUCCAGCUCUUUGGAGGAGAUGAAAAAGUUGGUAGGGGAUGUAUAUGGAGGUAGUGCUGCUGUCCAGAGCCGCACCGCAGCCCACCCCACGAUUACCUCUGCGGCACCCACUGCCCAUCUCUCACUGCAUCCUCUGGCCCAGUCCCUGCACUCUCUGGUGGGCAGCACACCACCUACUCUUCAUCAUACACCUUCUACAGCGACCCCUGCUCCACACUCACCGCCAUCAGCCAGCUUCCUUGGUUUCCAUGCUCCAGUCCAGGGCCUUCUGAAGGACCCCCUCCACCUGACCGGCUCCUACAGGCACUUCCCCGGCAUGCCCUGUCCCUGCUCCCUCUGCCAGCCUCUGCCGACCACUACCUCCACAUUGCACAGCCUGUCUAUGAACAAGUGA